AUGGCCGACGGCGAAUCCUCCAUCUCUGUCGCCGUCCGCGUGCGGCCCUUCACCAUCCGCGAGGCCGCACAGCUUGUGAAGAACGACGAUGGCCCCAUUUUCCUCGGCGACGGCUCCCUAGCUGCUGCGCCCACCCCCAAGCUCCAUGCCAAAGGCCUACGUUCCGUCAUUAGAGUCAUUGACGACCGCUGCCUAGUCUUCGACCCGCCCGAGAGCAACCCGAUAUCCCGCUUCUCCCGCAGCGUUGUGCCGAACAGCAAGAAGACAAAGGACCAGACGUUCGCCUUCGACAAAGUCUUCGACGACAACACCACCCAAGGCGACGUCUACGAAGGCACCACCAAGCCUCUUCUUGACAAUGUGCUGGAGGGUUACAAUGCCACCGUUUUCGCAUACGGUGCCACUGGCUGCGGAAAGACGCACACGAUUACGGGCACACCCCAACAACCGGGCAUCAUCUUCCUCACGAUGCAGGAGCUCUUCGAACGCCUUACGGAGCUCCAAGAGACAAAGGCAUCGGACGUUUCUCUCUCUUACCUUGAGAUAUACAACGAGACCAUUAGAGAUUUGCUGGUCCCUGGGGGCAGCAAGGCUGGCUUGACGCUGAGAGAGGAUGCCAACCAGGCAGUCUCAGUCUCCGGCCUCUCGAGCCAUAGGCCGACCAAUGUUGAACAAGUCAUGGAAAUGCUUGUCCGAGGAAACCAGAACCGUACCAUGUCACCUACUGCAGCUAACGCUACCUCCUCCCGCUCUCACGCUGUUCUCCAAAUCAACGUAUCUACGAAGGACCGCAACGCCUCUGUAAAUGAGCCUCAUACUAUGGCUACCCUAAGCAUCAUCGAUUUGGCUGGAAGCGAGCGUGCCAGCGCCACCAAGAACCGUGGUGAGCGUCUGGUUGAAGGUGCCAACAUCAACAAAUCACUCCUCGCUCUAGGAAGUUGCAUCAACGCCCUGUGCGAUCCUCGCAAGAAGCACCACGUUCCCUACCGCAACUCGAAGCUUACGCGACUGUUGAAAUUCUCCCUCGGCGGAAACUGCAAGACAGUCAUGAUCGUCUGCGUCAGUCCAUCCAGUGCUCACUACGAUGAGUCUCAGAAUACGCUCCGCUAUGCGAACCGCGCGAAGAACAUCCAGACCAAGAUCACCAAGAAUAUCUACAAUGUCGAUCGUCACGUCAAGGAUUACCUGAAGAAGAUUGAUGAGCAGAGGCAGCUGAUCGAGGAGCUGCAAGCAAAGAUGAAGGAUCUCGAAGGAGGCGCAUUCGUCAAAUUCAAGAAGCAGAGUGAGAAGAGGGAAAGCAUCGCGAAGGAAGGCAUCAUGAGGAUUCGCUCAGCUUAUGAAAAUGCUGCAGCCGAACGGCAGGACCGUGUGAAUACGAUGAGAAAGCUCAAGCAGGUCGAGAGGCGCAUUUCGAUGAUAUCCGCAUGGAUCGCCGGAUUCGACACCGUGUGCGAGCAAAGGGAGGAGGAGGAUGCGCCCCAGAGCUUUGUAGCCAUGCGCAAGACUGCUCUGGGCAUACAAGCGGAGCUGGAGACCACUCGUCAACACUUCCAUCAGCGGCUGGCGAAGAACAAUUGGGAUCGUGCCGUUGACUCGGCUCUCCAAACCGGCAUUCGCCAACUGAAGGAAACCGACGCAGCCAAUUGCAGCGGUGAUGUUGCAAACCUGAUGAGAGAGGCGGAGCUUCUCAGAGCCAACGCUGAUAGGGAGACUUACGCCGCCGUGUUGGAGCAGGAGAAGGGCGGAGAUGCAGCAGUGGUUCAGCUGCUGCUCCAAGCUCACUUCGAAGUCGUGACCAUCCUCGGCCAAAUCAUGGUUAUGGACGAGGAGGAGGCUAUACGUACAGCUAAGGAGAUGCUGGGAAAGCUAGUUUCUUCCUGCUCCGAGGCUGCUUCUCAGGUCAUCAAGCCUGACGGUGGCCUCCCGGUCACCGAGGCAUUUCCACCCACCAGUCGUGGGACGCCAAAGAGGAGGAAUCCCGUCAAGCUAAUGGCACCAUCGCCGAUGAAGUUGCCUGUCCCCGUGUGGGAGAAUGCGUACUCUUCUCCCGCCAGGUCUUUGGCUUCUCCCCGUAGGCGCAAGUACAACGCGCCGCGCAAGGGGCUGAAGGUCACACCAAAGAAGUCUCCCAGCAAGCACGCAAAGCGUGGCGUUCGCUGGAGGGAUGACACUGAUGAUGGCGCUCUCGUGGAGUUCCAGGCUACGCCGCAGGCUCUUGACUACACUCCUCCUCCCGGGUCAUCGGCGGAGAAGGCGCCGCCAAUGAGUGGAAUCCCUUCUUUGGUCGAAAGCCUCGACUCCUCCCCCAUCCCUGCGCCACCAAAUGUGGCUUCUCUCGAGGUCAAGCCGGUACGGCCCAACAGCCGUUUCCAAACCGGUUUUCUUUCCAAGAAGCCGUCAUCGCCCUCGCUUCUGCCCGCAUUUUCGUCGGAUUCGGAACGCGAAGGUUCUCCGCUGCGGGAAUUGGAGAUCAACAAGGCACGCGGCCGUUCGCCUUUGCACGUCUCGUCGUCCGGCAUCCCCUCGUCAUCCGAGGCGACUCCCAACGAUUCGGACAAAGCUAGCGCCACUUCGUCUGAUGACGAGCGGUCCUGGCUCAAGGCUGUCAGCAAGGGCGAUGACCAGAACGCGGCGCGCACGAUUCGUACAGCUAUCAAGCGCAACUCAGUUGGUGACAGGACCGCCAUGCUUGGCCACCACAAGGUGCACAGCAGCACCGGAUCUGCACGUCUCAACACUCGCAACAUUAAGAGCCCUCCCAGCGGCCACCAUGCUCGCCGGACUUCGAUUACCAAAGGAGGUGCACCAAUUGCUGGCGCUCGUCGUGUCACGUUGAGCGAGGACAGAGGCCGUGUUGGUGGUCUCGCUGCUGGCCAGGCUAUCAGGCUGGGUGGUGCUCGCCCGGCAGCUGGCGGCAGCCUGAGGGCAGACACGAAGGGUGCUUGGCGCUAA